AUGGCUGCUGAAGGAGGGGGAGCCAAGCCCGUCACCCAGUCUAGGAUGGAGAACUUCCGAAAGGUGAGGACCUCGGAGGAGGAGAGCCCCUUGCCCUUCCCUGACCUGCCCCCAGACGUGGUGGAGAUGAAAGUGAAGGAGGGCAGCAAGAUCAGGAACCUGAUGAACUUCGCCAUGGCCCAGAUGGAGCUGAAGGGCAGCCGGCAGAUCGUCUUCAGCGGUUGCGGCAAGGCAGUCACCAAGACCAUCACCUGCGUGGAGAUCAUGAAGCGGAAGCUGGGAGGUCUGCACCAGGUCACCAAGGUGCGCUAUAAAACCUUGCUGGAGGUCUGGGAGAACCAGGACCCGCUGCCCGGUGGCCCAGCGCAGAAUCUGACCGUCCACAAGAAUGUCCCCUCCAUCUGCAUCCUCCUCUCCCGAGACCCCCUGGAUCCCAACCAGACGGGCUACCAGCCCCCGGAGCCCUGCCACGGGCUGGGGACGCAGCUCGGCGAGGCAGAAGACACGUCCAGCUCCUCUACCAAGGGGCUGAAGCGGCCCCUGCCACCUCCCCACGAGGAGCUGCUGACCAAGAAGUUACAGGUACAGGUACCCGACAGCCCGAGGGGCUCAGGGUCCACGGACCGCCAGCUGGACCACCACCGAUUGUAUGCUGGAGAAACUCCGGGGGGUUUAGCCGCUUUGCUGUGGAUAAAGGCAGUGCCGUGCUUGCCCAGGGUCACCGGUGUGCUGCAGGCUCCCCCUGACACACUGCCGCGGCUCCAGGUGACCCCCGUGCAUGGGGGCUUGCUGCUGGGGGGUACCAUGUCUCCAGAUUUGGGGUGA